GGAAGGAGAGACAGCACUGUGGACUCAAUCAGAUGGGGAGGUACAAAGGGGAGGGCAGACAAACAGAAGUUUGACAUACUUAAGACAAAGACCACAGCAAUUGGGAGUUGUUUUCAGCCACUGAGGAAGGAGCAUCUGUGUAAAAUUACUUUAUUACAACAGCAUAGGAGUUAGAUUUUGCAUGUGGUAAGAAAAAAGGAGACUUUGGGGCAUAAUUAAUUCACUGACAACUCUGGAUAGUAGAGAGGAGAAGCAGCAGGAGACCAGAGUUGCAGGAAGCCAACAUACCAACAUACCACCACUAAACAGAUAAGGCUUUAGGAGGGAACCUCCAAAAACACACCAAACGCUCUUCAACUUCACACAAGGAUAGGAGGCGGAAACAAAACCCUGUUUCCAGAGAGAGGAGUUGAGAGUUGAAGGGAUAAAGAGAUAACUAAAAACAUCUUUGGUAAAGUGUAAGGGGACAACGUGUGAGUGGAGGACUGACUGGCCAGAAGUGGUCUUGAGAAGAAGUGAGAAAAGCAGUAACAAUCUGGAGGACAAACACCAAGAGGUCUACCGGGCCCCACAGCACAAUCUCUCUGAUAAUCAUCACCUCACAGAAGACAUCACGCAAUGCUUGCUUCCUGACAGAUAAAACCUUUAACCUCUUUGUGAACGCAGAGCCACUGACCCUCAGAAGAGUGGAAUUUGAUGAGUUUACUAUGAGUAUGACUGGUACUCUAGAGAAGGGGGCCCACCACCAGGCAUUGGACCUGUCCGAGGAACUGCCGCCUCAUCACUACCAUCACCAUAACAACCACCACCAGCAUCUUCACAACUCCAACUCCCUGGCCUCAACCACCGCUGUGGGUGGAGACAGAGAAACACCUUCACGUGUAGUCGUACCUCCUCCUUAUUCUGCAGCGGAGAGCGGCGGUGGGGGCAGUGAUGCUCCUCUGGAGCUGCGGGGGUCCCUGGACUGCUGGGCCUGCUCGGUGCUGGUGACGGCUCAGAACCUGAUUAUUGCCACGAUAAACGCCUGCCUCGCUGGACUGGUGUUCGGGACCAUCUUGACACCGGCCAUUGUCAUGGUGGUAUUUGGCUUCCUCUGCCACUCUACAGUUCGCCCUCACGGGACAACCCCCUACUGCUCAGACCUGCUGACUGACGGAGGCUGUGUGGCUCUGCUGGUAGUGGGCUUCCUCUUGGUCACCCCUCUGCUGGUCCUGGCGCUGGCUGCAUACUGUCGCCUGGCCCGACACCUUCAGCUGGGCUUGUGCUUCAUCCCGUACAGCCGGGCCGUGUACAAGAACCUGCCGGCCACCCGGCACCGUGGCCUGGGCACAGGCUGCUGCGGCGGCCGACAUGGAACCAAUGGUAGCGGGAAGGGAAAGGUCUGGGUAUGAGAUGAAGAUGGGAGGAAAGCAUAAGGGAG